UCAACAAGUUGAGUAUGAUAUCGCAUAUAGAUUGUUGUGUUUACCUUGAGAUAAUUUAUGUUAUUAUAUUUUAUAUUAUACUUAUAAAGUUAGAUUGAAAAACGUAUUUAUAAUGUAAUCAUCUUUUAAAUUGUUAAUAUUUCGGUCUCUUUGUGUACAUUUUUUGAACAAUGGCAAAUGGUGGAUGGAGAGAUUGUGCAAAUUGGCUUACUAGGUGUGGCGUUAUAAGAACAGACCACAAAGUUAACUGGCCUGAAUCUACUAUUGAUGACUUAGCAUACACGCUUAAAGAUGGAGUCAUUUUAUGUAAUUUACUUAACAUUCUAGAACCUGGAUGUCUUGGAUCUAAGGAUAUUAAUCAAAAACCGCAAAUGGUUCAAUUUUUAUGUUUAAGAAAUAUAAAUACAUUUCUUAUGGUUUGCCAAGAAGUGUUUGGUAUAAAAGAAUAUGAUUUGUUUGAUCCUAUAGUUCUAUUUGAGUUAACUGAUUUGUUUAAAGUUAUUAGAACAUUAUCAAUUUUAUCACAAACUCCAAAAUUACAAAAAUUGCAUAUUCGGCCAUUCAUAGUUACAAAACCUCGAACUUUGUCUCAAGAAGAUAUAUACAGAAACAUAAACUCUUUAGACUUAGUGUCAUCUAGAAGUGCACUAUUAGAUUCUUUUCAUGAAAAUGAAUAUACAAGUUAUGAUACUCAUGUGAGAAAUGAAGAAAUUUACCAUGACCUUUGUGCAAUAAAUAAUCGAUCACCUAUUGUUCAGGAUCCUGUUGUUACACAACAAUCUAUUGAAAAACGUGACUAUGUAAUAAAUGAGCUCGUAGAAACAGAAAAAAAUUAUGUUGAUGUAUUACAAACAUUAAUUAAAUGCUUCAUCAAACCUUUAUCAAAAAUAAUGAAAGAUAAUGAUUUCAGUGUAAUAUUUCAAGGAGUUAAAGAAUUAUAUGAAAUACACAAAGAAUUUCAUCAAGAUUUGAUGAAAGCAUGUUCUCAAUUUAGUUCUUUAAGAUUGUCAGAUGUUUUUCUUAACUGGAAAGAUAAAUUUUUAGUAUAUGCAGAUUAUUGUGCUAAUUUAACUACAGCACAAGAUAGAAUACAAGAUCUUUGUAAUCAUAAUGAUCUUAUUUAUAGAGAAGUUAAUCGUUGUCAAGAAGAAGCAAAUAAUGGAAAAUUUAAACUACGAGAUAUAUUAUCAGUUCCCAUGCAAAGAAUUCUUAAAUAUCACUUAUUGCUUGAUAAAUUAAUACAUGAUACACCACAAUCUCAUAAAGAUUUACCGGGAUUGGAAUGGGCUAAAGAAUGCAUGAUUGAUGUAGCUCAGUAUAUUAAUGAAGUAAAAAGAGACAGUGAUACUUUACAAAUUAUGAAUGAUGUCCAGAAAAGUAUUGUGGAUUGGGAUGUUGUUGGUGUAACUCAAUUAAAGAAUUAUGGACACUUAAUUGCUGAUGGUGAAUUAAAAAUAAAAGCUCAUAACGACCAAAAGAUAAAACCUCGAUAUGUUUUUAUUUUUGAUAAAGUUGUAUUGAUGUGCAAAUCAAUAAGAAGUGAUCAAUAUUCUUAUAAGCAGUCAAUUUUAAUAGCACAAUAUAGGCUUGAAGAUUGUAGCAGCCGAAAAUUUUUAUCUAGAGAAAGCCGCUGGUCUCAUCAAUUUUAUAUGGUUCAUAAAUCAGAAAGUAUAGCAUAUACAUUUUAUGCUAGGUCUGAAGAUCAAAAACUAAAAUGGAUGAAAGCUAUAAAAGAUGCAAUGGAUAAUGUAGAACCAUCUGUGUGCAAUUUAACUAGUCAUAAAUUUGUGAUUCACUCUUUUAAUACUCCUACAGUAUGUUACCACUGCUCAAAAUAUUUAAAAGGCUGUAUUUUUCAGGGGUAUAAAUGCGAGGAAUGUUUCAUUAGUGUACAUAAAUUAUGUAUACCAGAAUCUGGAAGAUGUGGUCUUAUCAGUCCUCAGUCAAUUGUGACACAAACUACUAUGUUUUCCAACAGGUUUUCAGCGGAUAGUACCAUUUUUAAUCAGCGUCAUAGGUCACCAGAUUGGACACGCAAUUGGUCUGAUAGUGAUAUACUUACAGAACAUCUUUGGUUUGUGGGAGAAAUGGAUAGAGAUCGGGCAACUAGUCUUCUCGAAGGUGAAUCUGAUGGAACAUAUUUAGUAAGAAUAAGACCACAAGGGCCAACUAGACCUAUAGAAACUGUCUAUGCCUUAAGUCUCAAAUCCCACAAUCAUGUGAAACAUAUGAAGAUAUGUGAAAGGUUAGAAGAUGGCAUCAGUAGUUUUUACUUAUCAGAAAAACGUUUUUUUCCUAACUUAGUUGAGUUGGUUAACUUUUAUGAACGUAAUAGCUUAAGUGAAAAUUUUACAGGGUUAGAUAUCAAAUUAAGAUGGCCUUUUUGUAGGCUACUAGCUAUUGCAAAGUAUAAUUUUUCUCCAACAGAACCAAACCAGUUACCCCUCAAAGAAGGAUGUACUUUAAAAAUUUUAAGUAAAGAAGGUGAUCAAAAAGGCUGGUGGAAAGGUCAAAUAGGAGAUAAAAUUGGAUUCUUUCCUAAAGUAUAUGUGCAAGAACUUUUGAGUUCAUCAUAAUUGUAUUAAUCUUGGUUUACAACUUGGGUAACUUUUUGGCCAAUUCUUUUGCAGCCCGAAAGAGAAAAUAAUCUCUCUGGCUCUGGGCCAAAAGUGAUAAUUUGCAUAACUGUCCUUUAAUGGAAAUAUUAUUUAUUAAUUUGUUAUCAAUUAUAAAAUUUAUUUGUACAUUAUUAUGAUAAAUAAAAAUUGUAAUUUUUUUUUAUAAAUCUCUAAGAUACUAGAUUUAGGAUACUCAAAAUAUAAAUUAUGUAAAUAAAUAAUAUACAUCAAACCACUUAAUUAUUUUAUAUUGUAAAUUAAAUUUUUAAUUUAUUUUUUCUUAUUAAAGGAUUAGGCAGCAGCUUAUUUACUAGUGGAAUAUAA